AACUACUUGACGUAUUUUUUAAUUUCAAAGUGUCAUUAAAACUAAGUCCUUCUAUUUCUGUUUUGAAGUUAACACAAAUGGCCAGUCAUGAGUGAAAUGUACCAGGAGCAGCAUCCGUUGUUGUGCGAUGACUUUUCUGACGACGACUUCAACUGUCAAAGCUACAGUCCUAGGGCUAAUAUACGCAUGCGCCCUCUCGUAUAUAGCGGCCGCGCCAAGUCUCAGAUGAAAGGGGCCGUUACGGUUAUGACCAGAUGGCCAGAGCAUAUGUGGUCGACACUAAAGUACUGGUGGAUGGGCAUCGCCAUGUUCGGUAUCAUAGUUUUAAUUGUUUACAACAGCGUCGUUGCCUUCUCCAUGCUUUCACUCACGUACACUAAAAUAGGAGAACCGAGACUACCCUAUAAAGCUUUCGAGAAUACUGUUAAAGACGAUACCAAACUAAAUGUAUAUAUGCACAUUUUUGCUAACAAAUAUGAAGAAAUUAAUUUAAAUACAAUAUUACCGUAUGUUGAAAUAAUGUCUAAAAAAUAUCAAACAUUGAAAUUUCACCUUUUAGCCGUUAUAAAUUAUACAUAUAAAGAAAGCGAUGGUAUGAAUGAUCAAAGUAGAAAUGACUUAGCCCUUGAAUCGUUAUGGCAAGAUGAAUCCUUUGAUAUUAACCGUAAAGUAGUUCAAAAUAAUCUUUUUUUAACUUAUGUUUCACUAAGUAAGUACACGAGCAAUCCAAUUAUGCCAAAACUUAAUAAAAAUCUGUCACAAGAUUUUACGGAAUUUUUAGUAAGGGCACUGUCUAUUUGGGAGAAAGGUGGAGUUGCUUUCGAUCCAAUUAUACUUACACCACAAACACCUAAUACAAUUUACUUGGAUCAGAUACAAAAUAUACUAAAUAAGUACAAAUUGUAUGAUAACAAAAAAUCAGAAAGUAAAAUAAAGGUAAAUAAUCAUCAAGGAUUACAUACUAAAAAGAAAGUAAAUAAUAUUCGCGAUAUAAUAGAAGCUUUGGAAGCAGAAGAGAAAUCUUACAAUACUACUCAAUAUAAUUUAUUAGAAGAAGAAAAUAGAGUCAACUUAGUCUCCGACAAAUCUUUUGUAAGAAAUGAAAAUAUAUCCGAUCCUCUGCUCUUAUUACAAACCGUACACGAAAUUCCUAACAAAAAAAUGAAACCAAUCCAACAAAACAAAGCCAGUGAUCGCUUCAAAAAAGAAAUUGGUGGGCAUCAUCAACAUCAAUUACAAAUGGAAUCUAAAAUUAACUUAAACAAUGAUACACGACCAAGUCUUCUCCCAUUGUUUUUAGAAUUUUUAUUUCCUAAAAGAGAUAUCUUCAUAUCUGACGAUAUAAGAACGAGAAGAGAGAAACAAAACGAUAAGAGCAAUGGUUCAAAAAAUGAACUUGAAUCUGUUUAUCAGCCAUCCGAUGAAAACGAUAUUCAUGUAGCUAUUGAAAAUGGAAACAAACAACAGGAUUUAAUUUCUAAUUAUCACACAGAGAACUGUGAACAUGACACAAAUACUCACUUGACAAUUGAUUUAAAGGGAAAUGUUAUAGCUUCAAACACCCCUUGCCACGCGUUUGUUGCGACUUUACUUAAAAACGCAGCUGAUCAUAGCGAAGGAGAAACAGUUUCUGAAUAUAUUAUUGCACAACUAACUAUAUUUUGUAAAGGAGUUCUUUUUUCCUCGUGUAAGGGUAUCGAUGUAAUUUUAUAA